UUUUCUCUCUACGUUCAGAAAUCUUUCUUACUCGUUUGAGAAAGGCCAGAUAGAAACGCCCCGGAAUUUUUUAUUUUUUUUUUAAAAAAAAGCAGCAAAAAAAUGAGCAAAAAGAAGAACAAGAAGGUUAGCGAUGAGGGCCAGAAGAAGAAGGAGGACGACAGAGAAGAAAACCAGCAACAAAAAGGGGGAGAAGAUGGAGGAGCCGCCAAGAAGGACAACAACACCGGUAAUGGCGGAAACGCUGUCGUUCUCAAGAUCGAUUUGCAUUGCGACGGCUGCGUUACCAAAAUCGUCAAGUGUAUCCGAGGUUUCGAAGGUGUGGAGGCUGUGAAAGUCGACAGCGGCUCAGGCAAGAUAACGGUGACCGGAAAAGUUGAUCCUUUGAAGCUUCGAGAGAAGUUAGAGGAGAAAACGCACAAAAAGGUCGAACUACUCUCGCCGGUGCCCAAAAAGGACAAAGCCAAAAACGACGACGCUGGGGACGGAAAAGAGGAAAAGAAGAAAGACUCCAAGGAGAAAAAGCCCAAGGAUAAUAGCAAAAACAAAAAAGACGAGAAAAACUCCAAAGAGCUUCCGGUGACGACAGCUGUGCUGAAGGUGCCACUGCACUGUCAAGGAUGCAUCGAGAGAAUUCACAAAAUUGUCAGCAAAACCAAAGGUUAUCAGGAGAUGAAAGUGGAUAAGCAGAAGGAUUUGGUGACUGUCAAGGGUGCAAUGGACAUGAAGGACGUGGUGGAAAACUUGAAGAAGCAUCUGAAAAGGGAUGUGGAGAUUGUUCCUGCUAAGAAGGAAGACAAGAAAGAGAAAAGCGGCGGCGGCGGCGAAGGUAAACCUGCUGGUGGGGAAGGUGGUGGUGGUGGUGAACAAAUGGAAGGGAGUAAAAAGCAGCAGCAGCAGCAGAUACCAAAUGGUCCAUUCGGGUAUGAUUAUCCAAGUUCCAGCCCUUUUGUAUACGGGGGGCCUGCCUAUAUGGGCGAUCCUUAUCAAUUGCAGUAUCAUGCCCCUCAGCUGUUUAGUGAUGAGAAUCCAAAUGCUUGUAGUAUUAUGUGACUUUGUGUCUAAUUAAAGGAAGGAUGGAUUACACGGAUAUUUUGGGCAUUUAGGGGAAGGCAUUAAAUGUAAAUAACAUAGAGGGAAGAAAUCUAUUAUGAUGGGGUUUUGAAUGGAUGUAAGAUUGUGGCGAAUUAGAAUAUAUAUAUAUAUGAUGAUUGGAGGAGAAUGGUUGGUUGGGACUUGAGCUAGGUGCUCCAUUAGAUUAGUUUGGUUAAGAAUGAGGUUUAGGGUGGUUUGUUUUUGUUAAUCAUGAUUAUGACUGUGUAAUCUACUACAGUCUAUGUAUGAUGCAAGUUAUGCUACACUACUAUUCUUUUUUUUUUGCAGA